GAAAGACUGUUGACUUGGCACGUUAAGUGUCCAAUAAUUACAACUUUUAAUUUUUAGAUGCCUAUGUGGAAAAAACACCUCAGCCCAAUUGAUUACAUGGCACGUUUGAUAAAAUAAAAAUAGUAGGAUAUACAUUUCAUUGUUCUUCAAAAACGCUAAAUCCUUCUUCAACCCUUAAAUCUGCAAUUUCUUCUCCGAACCCUAGAUUCCUUCUUCGACCCUUAAAUCCUCUACAAUUUCUUCUCCAAACCCUUCUUCGAUCCUUAAAUCCUCUGCAAUUUCUUCUCCGAACCCUUGAUUCCUUCUUCGACCCUUAAAUUUGCAAGUUCUUCUCCGAACCCUUGACUCCUUCUUCGACCCUUAAAUAUGCAAUUUCUUCUCCGAACCCUUGAUUCCCUCUUUGACCCUUAAAUCCUCUGCAAGUCUUUCUUCUCCGAACCCUUCUUCGACCCCUAAAUCCUCUUCCACUCUUGAUUCUUUCUUCUUCUUCGAACCCUAAAUCUUUUACACUUUGUGAUUCAUUCUUCUUCCCUUGAACCGUAUAACCUCUGCUAUUUGUCUUUUGGCUUUUGGAGUUUAGAAAUGAAGAUUAUAGAUGCAAUUGUGGAUUAAAUGUUGUUAUUCGGACUUCAUUUGCUUUCCAAAACAUGGGAUCCUUGCAAUUACUUCCAUUUCUUAGCUGAUGAGGAAAAGAUCAAGGGUAGAGCGAUGGAGUUGCUGCUGGUUUUGAAAGAUAAGGAAUGCAGAGUUAUGAAAGAGAAGGAGAAAAUAAUGCAAUGAUUGUCAAUCUAAUCUGAUUGUAAAAAGUGAUAAAUCCAAUCGAAAAUUGCAGAGCUUUUAGGCUUUUGUUACUGCAAAAGUGAGAAGUUUCCCCUUCUUUUCUUUUUUCAAUGUCUGCAGACUAGUUUAUUCAGAAGGUGGGAGAGGCAGGAGAGGCGAGAGUGUGAAAUGGAAUGAAAAUGAUGCCAUGUA